GGCCAGCGGCGACAGGAUGAGGAAUUUCUGCUAUGGAAACACCGGAUGCAGAAUUCUUCAACCCAGCUGUUUCUUAAGAUACGAGAUUGAUUUUUUUUUGGACGAUUCAGCUAAGAUCACUAUUGUACCGUUUUCACCUCCUUCUCCAACUCCAACAGAAGGAAAAGGAAACAACACAAGUUACACAACUAGAACAAUCAUCAUUUCCGUAGUAGUUGCUCCACUUCUUGUUGGCGUUCUCUUGCUUGUGCUUAGGAUAUUUUUAAGACAAAGAAAGCCAAAGGAAACUGUUGAAACUGUAGAUGAAAUGAUUAAGGCGGAGUCUUUGCAAUAUGACUUUGCCACCAUCCAGGCAGCAACUAAUAACUUCAGUGAAGAAAAUAAGCUUGGGCAAGGAGGAUUCGGAAUAGUUUACAAGGAGUUGCACCUCUGAUGGUCGAGAAAAGGACUUGCAACUCUAUGUCCUCUUUUUCCACUCUGUUUUAUAUACAGGGUCCUUGUUUUGUUUUAGUAAUUUGCUUACUCACAUGAACUAUGAAUGUAUAGAUCCAAUCAAGCGUGCACAAUUAUAUUGGGAAAGACGUUAUGGAAUCAUUUUAGGCAUUGUUCGUGGUCUUCUUUACCUCCACGAGGACUCUCGUCUUCGAAUUAUUCAUCGUGAUCUCAAAGCAAGUAACAUUUUGUUAGAUGAAGAUAUGAAUGCUAAAAUUGCAGAUUUUGGCAUGGCAAGAUUAUUUGGAAGAGAUGAAACACAAGGCAACACUAGUAGAGUUGUGGGAACUUAUGGAUACAUGGCUCCAGAAUAUGUAGUGCGUGGACAGUUUUCAGUAAAAUCAGAUGUUUUUA